CGGCGGGGGAGGAGCCGGGUCCACUGCCGGGUGGAGGGGCAAGGCGAGUGUCCUUAUCCUACCGACCGGGGCCCGGGCCUGUGAGCCAGUUGGAGUCGCGGCAGCGUGAACGAUCGGGCCGAGCGGAAGCAGACAUGUUGCUCUUCGUUGAGCAGGUGACAUCUAAAGGCACUGGUUUAAACCCUAAUGCCAAAGUAUGGCAAGAAAUUCCUUCUGGAAAUCCGGAUGGCACUCCUGUACCCGAAAGCUCUUGGAAUGAAACUGCAGCCACAUCUGGAUCUCACCCUGAGGGUAAUACAGAACUUUCAGAAGAUAUGUGUAAGGAAUAUGAGGUAAUGUAUUCUCCAUCUUGUGAAACCACGAGAAACACUACAGACGUUGAAGAGUCGGCUGAUGGAAUGAUCCUAGGACCUGAAGAUCUGAGCUACCAACUAUACGACGUUUCUGGAGAAAGCAGUUCAACAAUUUCUACAGAAGAUUUAAAGGAGUGCCUGAAAAAACAGUUAGAGUUCUGUUUCUCACGAGAAAAUUUGUCAAAGGAUCUUUACUUGAUAUCUCAAAUGGAUAGUGAUCAGUUUAUCCCAAUAUGGACAGUUGCCAACAUGGAAGAAAUAAAAAAAUUGACUACAGAUCCAGAUUUAAUUCUUGAAGUAUUGAGAUCUUCUCCUAUGGUACAAGUUGAUGAGAAGGGAGAGAAGGUGAGACCAAGUCAUAAGCGCUGUAUUGUAAUUCUCAGAGAAAUCCCUGAGACAACGCCAGUGGAGGAAGUGAAAGCUUUGUUUAAAAAUGAAAACUGCCCCAAAGUGAUAAGCUGUGAAUUUGCACACAACAGCAACUGGUACAUCACCUUCCAGUCAGACACAGAUGCACAGCAGGCUUUUAAAUACUUAAGAGAAGAAGUUAAAACAUUUCAGGGCAAGCCAAUCAUGGCAAGGAUAAAAGCCAUCAAUACAUUUUUUGCUAAGAAUGGUUAUCGAUUAAUGGAUUCCAGUAUGUAUACCCAACCCAUUCAGACUCCAACCCAGUACCCCUCCCCAGUCUUUAUGCAGCCAGUGUAUAGCCCUCAUCAGCAGUACUCAGUGUACAGUAUUGUGCCUCAGUCCUGGUCUCCAAGUCCUGCACCUUACUUUGAAACACCGCUGGCUCCUUUUCCCAAUGGUAGUUUUGUGAAUGGCUUUAGUUCAGCGGGAUCGUAUAAAACAAACGCUGCUGCUGUGAAUAUGGGCCGACCAUUCCAAAAAAAUCGUGUGAAGCCUCAUUUCAGAUCAUCCAGUGGUUCAGAACACUCCACAGAGGGCUCUGUGUCACUGGGGGAAGGACCAUUGAGCAGGUCUAGUUCAAGAAGCUUUCUCUCAGAACGGCACAACCCUGCAGUAACAGUGCAUCAAGAACAGACUUGUCUUCCAAAGGAGGCUCCUGUUUUACAGAUGGAACAGAGUGGGGACUUCGGAAGAGGCAGGAGAACUCUUUUCAGAGGUCGAAGACGAAGAGAAGAUGACAGGAUCCCAAGACCCCAGCCUUCAGCAACUGAAGUGAAGGCCCCAACACCAAAGUUUGACUUACUAGCUUCAAAUUUUCCUCCUUUACCUGGAAGUUCAUCAAGAAUGCCCGAUGAGCUCUCUGUGGAGACCAGAGUGGCCGAUGUCGUCAAAGGUGUCUACAAAGAGAAGGACAGUGAAGACUUGAGAGUUAGUUGCCCGCUCCCUGCAGAGGACGGACAGACAGACUGCACUGCCCAGCAACUCAGCAUAAGUCCCAGUCCUCCAUGUACAGCUGAGCUUCCUGCAUUAAGCACUACUCAGCAAGAGAAGGAUCAAUUGGAGGAUUCCAUUGUUCCAAAGGAUGUUCUCAAUCCGAUGACUGUACCAGUUUCUUCUCCAACUAUCGCAAAGCCGUCAAGGGCAAGCACUGCUUCACCUUGCAGCAGUAACGUGAACACACCCAUAGCUGUGGCCCUACAGGAACCUCGAAAGUUAAGCUAUGCUGAAGUAUGCCAGAAGCCUCCUAAAGAGCCGUCUCAAGGUCUUGUACAGCCACUGCGGGAACUUCGGUCCAAUGUAGUGUCUCCCACCAGAAAUGAAGAGAGCGGAGCUUCUGAGAAGCCUGUUGAGAAACCACACGAGAAACCAGAAACAAGGGCUAGUAAGGAUCAUGCUGGCUUCCGUGGCAAUACCAUUCCCAGGGGAGCAGCUGGGAAAAUCAGGGAACAGAGACGCCAGUUUAGCCAUAGGGCUACACCUCAGGGAGUGACUCGGCGAAACGGGAAAGAGCAGUACGUGCCACCCAGAUCACCAAAGUAAAAGCCAAGCCGUAACAGAAGCUACUCAGAAACUUCUCUCUUCCCGCUAAACUUGAGCCUAUGUUGAACUGUUUGAGAGGGGAGGAGGUAGCCAGGAAAGAAUGGGAAGAAUGUCCCUAAAUGUUAUGGAUUUUGGAAUUGUGAGUAGGAGAAGCCCAAAAUUCAUCUCUAAAUGAUUUUCAAAUGCUGGAGGAUUCCAAUCAGUAUAAAUAUAUAUAUAAAUAUAUAUAUACACACACAUAUAUAUAAAUAUAAUUUUUCUAUUUUUGUUUUUGAUUUUCAUUUGCAGGGAUUUUCUGCCUGGAAUCAAUUUUGAAGGUUCAGAUUUAGCUUGGGAGAGAAAACACAAAAACAUAAUACAUCCUUCAGUAUAGGAGAUGAGGGAGUGAGAGAAAAUAUUUUUUGAAGAAACAUUUCUGUAAAAAUUAGAAAUUACUUUUUUUAAUCUAUUUAAAGUUUGGCUUGAAGAAUGCCAUCUCUGACUACAUGGCCUUGUGUUUCAAAGCAGAUCAGUGGCUGGGGUGUCUGUUCUGGGUAUGAGUGUGUGCAAAAGUGACUUAAGCCAAAUCUGUUGUCAUGUUAGUAAAUGAUUUGAAAACUGAACGUAAUACUUGAGUAGAUUUUUUUAUAGUUUGGGUUUGUUUGACAUUACUAAUACUGUACUGUAUUGAACAAGCUGGUAGGCUCUGAUUGUGUGUGAAGCUGUGACUUCCAGUCCGGUCUAAUACUCAAGGAAAGAGUGGAGAUUAGUGAGAAAAAAAAAUUGAAAAAUUCUGUUUUAGACCUGAAUACUGUGGAGGUCAAAUAGAUUUCAGAGGUUCAAACUGCCCUGUGACUUUUUUCCUCUUUAAGAUGGGAGACAAAAUUUUUUCGUGCUUGUUUGUUUUUUGACUGUCUGCCCCCAAAAGCAAAAUAACCAACCAUUUACUGGACUGUAUGUUUCUCACUGCUUUGACCAGUUUAAUCAUCAUAUGACUAUUCUAGACUGUAUAAUGGAAUAUUGAAAGAUUUUAUCCCUCUAUUAAAACAAUUAAAAUUUUAGGUCCCAGGAUGGAAUUGACCUGCCAGUAAUUUAUUUGCAUUGGUGUUUAAAAAUAGAGUGCUUCUAGGUGUGGGGGCGCACAUCUUCAGUCCCAGCUUCCAGAAGCAGAGGCAGGGGAUCCCUGAGUUCCAGGCCCGCCUGAUUUACAUGAGGUCCAGUUCAUCCAGGACUCUACCUAGUGAGACACAGUCUCAAAAAACAAGAAAGAUGAAACAAUAACUGGCUUUUGAAAACAAAUUUGUAUUAAAUAGAAAAAAAUUCAAGCAUUAAUUUGGGCAACUUUUUUUUUUUUCCUGUGUUCAAUGUUUAUCAUUUUCUCCCCCCGUCCCCCCUCCAAAAUAAUACAGUUUGGAAUUCACAGACUAAAAACAACAGGUCGGGAUAUUUUUGAGAUGAAGUGAGAAAAAUGGUUGAAGAAAAUAAAUGCAUAAGUUCUCAGUGAAUAAAGUUGUAGCUGUCAUAUAUUAAAUAGGCAAGUUUGCAUACUGGUAUUUAGAGAACAGCUCAGAUAUGGAAAACCAUGUUGCAUUAAUCUGUUUUAAGUCAGACCAUUUUUAUAGUUCUAUGUAAGGUGGUGGUUUAUUUUUCUUCUUAGGGAUAGUUUACAGUAGGAAGAACUGUCCCUUAUACUAGUGAGUUACGUAUGUACAAAUUGAAACUGUAAAUUGUGAACACUGGAAAGCACCAUUGUGACAUAAACAUUGUAGUAAUAUAUUUAAAAUGAAUGUAAAUGGAAGUUAAAAUUACAUUACUGUGAAACUUACCUUCCAACUCUUUAAGUGUCAGAGAUUUCUGUUAGUGGGUAAUUCUUAAGAGCUUUGAAAACACUGCACAGUUCGUGUAACCCAGAAUUAUAAUUUCUUUGUAACUUAUUCAGCUUGGCAAGUGCUUUUGAUUUGGUGGAUUGAUAACAUGGUAUAAUAUAUUUACUCAGUUGGAAACAAUUAUUUCUACAUACUAUUUUUUUUAAUAUCUACUAGAUGAAACAUACAAUAAAACUACCUGUACUAAAAUUUGGGAGAACUCUAGGUCCUUUAAAAAGUAUUAAUAAUCAUUAGCUACAUCUAUGAUAAAAGUGUUUAUUCUGGUUUACUUAGAAAUGAUAAACAUUUAAAGUGCUAACAUCUGUGAAUGCAGUGGGUUAAUAGAAUAAACGUUUUGCAAAAAUCGCUUGGUAAGGGUUAUAAACUUUAUUUUUGCACUUAAAGUAAAAAAUACUUUUUGUUUUCUCUAAAUGUGUCACAGCUAUAGGUUCCAAUUCCUUGCUAGCGUGUAUGACUUGCUGGUAACCUAUUACUUUCUAAAACUCUACAGGCUGCUUUUUUACUGCUGUCCCUGAAUGCAGGGCCUUGCACUGGCCCCUUAAGUGUUCCAGCACUGAGCUGUACCCCCAAGUUCUAAAGGUUCCAAAAUUCAAGAAAAUUUUGCUUUUAAAAAAAGAAGUAUAUUCUUGUUUGUUUGUUUAUUUGUUUUUUCUUCAAAUCCUGGGCAUGAACAUUUUUUUAAAUAUAAGAUUUUUAUUUUAAUUGUGCUCAGUACUUCUAACAGCUUUGAUGGGUGCAUGCAGGGGUCAUGAGAAUUAAUGUGGUAUGUAUAAUCACAGUGUGUAUUUGACAGUUAUUUUAUUGGAGCGGAUUUAGGUUUUGUGUGUAAAGGACGCCUGUGAGUUGUGUGAAACUGGCCUUUUCCCAUCGUCAUCAUUCAAGCCGAUUGGUGGGUGUUUGUUAUACUUCAACUAUUUGUUGGUUCUUUAGAUGGGGGAAUUUAAAUAUCAGUUUGCUCUUCGCCCUGUGGCUUAACACUUCCUUACAUUAUUGAAGCCAAAAGUAGAAUAACUGACCCUGAUGUGUGCUGCAGUGGUCCAUUGUAGCUCUCAGCGUGAAGAGAGCAGAACUCACACAGGUCCUCACCGUGCGCUUCGCAGAGAAGGUGCACAAGUGGCAUGGCCAGACCUUCUCUGUCUUCUGUCUUGAUGGGAUCAAAAGCCAAUCUCUAAUCUGAAUAAUCUCAGUUUUGCCAAAUACAGUCAAUGGCAAAGUACUGAUCCAUCUACAUUUUUACCAGCUUGUAGUUUAGAGAAAGAUGAGACCUUCCAAUGAUAGGGGUUUGUUGUCUUACCUGCAUAUUUUACAUAGGAUGUGCAGAAUUUUAAUUUAUUUUUAGUUCCUAAAGUUAAGGUAGAUUCAAUAUUUCACAUUCCCUUUUUUCCUUUUAUUUUUCUUUCUCUUUUUAAAUAAACAGAUUUGCUUUCAAAGACUUUUAGGGGUGGAAUUAAGUUAGUGUCUUUCACUUAGGGUAAAGAGAACGAGAAAUUUUAUUUAAGAGUUAGGAGCACUUUGUCUAGUUCUGUUAGUUACAUAUGGCCUUAAUAAUCAGUCUCUUGGCUUAAAUGUUCACUGGUUUUACUUUGACACAGUUGAACAGCACUGGGGUUCAGUUCUUGAUGUUUGUGUUGUCAAUAUAUAUUAACCAUAUUUUAGAGUAUCAAUUCUGGCUUUUUAUGGAGAAGAUAAAAAUCAAACAGUAUAUUCCUUUUGAGGGUUUUUUAAACUACGUAAAUAUAUAUAAAUAUAAUAUAUGAUGGAUUUUUUCUAAUUUUUUAUAUUUCCUUACAGUUGGUGACUGUUAAUCUAACUCUACACUCUUUGGCAUACACUAAGUAGCUAGUCUGGGCUCUCAAGAAUAUGCAUGGACAUUUCAGUUUUUGUUAGCUGAGUGAGGAAAUUUUGAAUUAUCUUUUAAAAGUCACCUGAUUAUUAAAUAACUUGAUGUUUAUUUUUAAACUAACAAUUUGUUAUGUCUUAGGUAGUCCUAAAGGCGUGGCUCAGAUGGCUUCAAGCUGCGGGCCAAGUGUUCUGGUUUCCCUUCUAUAGCACAGAACACUGAUUAGUAAUAUAAAGAGAUACCCACGUCAAUGUUCUGUUUUGUUUUUUCCAACUGAUUCAGGUGUCCCUUGAGUGACGUAUCUUAAAUGUUGGGGAAGUGGGGUGUCAGAACCAGUUAUCUGGCUUCUGUUUGUCCAUAGCUUAGAUUUGUUCUGUUGUCAAAACUGUCCCCCACAAAAACAUGUGGCACAUACUCAUGCAUAAACUGUUAAAAUGAACAUCUUUGUAUUUGUAUUUGUUUUCAACAUUGCCAAGGUGCUAUGGGAAAUUUAAAUUACAAAAUUAGAAAAAAAUAAAAUUAUCAAAAAGCA